CCGUGCUCUUCCGCUUCGUGCUCAAGCACCCGCUCUCGGAGCUGCGCAAGAUCGCCAUCGUGCUGCUGGUGGUGGGCGUGUUCACGAGUCAGUCGAACCACUUGCGGCAGAUGGAGGAGUCGAUGACCAGCAAGGGCAGCGGCAGCAGUAGCAGCGGGACGGAGAUGUCGGAGGAAGAAGCUGCCGCGGAGAAGAGCGCGCAGGACCUGAUUGUCGGCGUGCUGCUGGUGCUGGUGGCGGUGACCAUAUCGUCUUGUGCCAGCGUGUUCACUGAGUGGACGUUCAAGCGAAAGUCGAGCUGCCCGUUCCUGUGGCAGAACAUCCAGAUGUACGUGUUCGGCAUCAUUUUCAAUGCCGCCGGGGUCCUGCUGGUCGAGGGCGAAACGAUCUCCUCGAAGGGGUUCUUCCACGGCUACAACGGCUGGACUCUGGCGGUGGUGGCGGUAAACAGCAUCGGUGGAAUCGGCAUGGGCUUCAUAUUGAAGUACCUAGACAACAUCGCGUGCGUCUACUCGCACUCCAUGGCCAUGAUGCUGACGAUGCUCUUUUCGAUGCUCUUCUUCUCCUUCUCGCCGUCGCUCGAGUUCGGCUGCGGCCUCACGGUGCUCGUCAUUUCCAUGUACAUUUAUCACCACCCGCUGGCGCACGUCGGCGCGAGUCCACCAACCGAAGACGCCGUCAAGUUGCGCCGCUCUUCGGGCUCCUGUUCCGAGAAGCACGAGCCAGCCAGCAGGAUCACCGAGCGCAGUGAGAAGAAGCGAAUGGCCAAACUCAAGCAGCAAGAAAACGAUGAGGACGACGAUGACGAUGACACGGACUCGUCGUCGACCGCCUCCAGCAACGGCGGAUCACUAUCGUCGAUGGCGCCGAGGUCCAUGCGUACACUGCAGCUGAAGAAAUCCCAGUACUCGAUGUUACCGGGCGAGUCGGAGGACUUGGAGAGUGCACGCGCCAACGCAAGAGAAAUAGGGUCGUCACUCAACAACAACAACAACAACAACAACAACAACAACCAGACGCACAAGUGAUCACAUUGCGCUUGUCGUCAUCGCGUCCACUAGACAGCCGCUUAAGGUGGGAAACUUGUUGCUGUCAUUCCUUAUACAGUAUGAAUACAUUGAUGUCACCGCUACCACCAGGGCACUGCAACACCGGUAAAACCGCAGUUGAAGACGAUGUAGCCAUGCCGUGCACUGGGUUCACCUUCGUGCUACAUCUAUCAUAGGGCUAGGGUAGGGAGAAAUUGAGACCAUCACUCUUGCAGUAUACAAAUCCCCAGACGUAGGCAUCCAUCGCAGGAAGGCCAAGCGAGGAAGGAGGAAGUGCUCGCUUGCUCGCUCGCCUCUCCGUCUCGGCGCCGCGCACCCCUUCUCCGUGCCCCGAGCGUCCUCCCCCCCUCGUCCCCCGUCCCGACCGGCAGGAUGAUCUCGCGCCUGCGCCUGGGCGCCUCCGGGGGCAACAACAACAAUGGCGGGACCAGCGCCAGCGCCAGCAUCUUCGGCGCCGCCGCGUCCGCCAUGAGCAGCAUCAGCGGCGGCGGCAGCCUCCUCCCGGGCAACAGCAGCGUGGAGAGCGCGGCAGCUACAGCCGCCGCCAACCACGCGGCCAGCUCCAACUCCGCCGGCGCCGCCGGAGCUGCAGCAGGUAUUUCCUCCUCCUCGUCUAGUUCAGAAGAUGUGCCCCCGGGAUGGCGACUGGUUAGCAGCCGGAAUUCCGGGAGGGACUACUAUCUGCACAUCGCCUCGGGCCAAACCCAGUGGGACCGCCCCACGGAGGCGGACACCAAGCGUAGGGGCUUGCAUGUGAAGACAGACAGAAGCCUCGGUCUAUCGCCCGUCAACAGGGGGCUCUCUCUCCACGUGGUCCGCAUUCUGACUUAUUCUAUGGCUGUGUUCGUGGUGAUUGUGCAGGUCUGGACACCCCCAACAAUGCGAAAGCGGCGGGCGGAGGCUUCUUCGGCGUCUCACGCAUGGUGGCGCUCGUCAACCAGGCCAACAGGAGUCUGCAGACGUCGCUGCAGGCCACCACGGGCGCCCCGGCAGGCAAGGCAGGCACGCAGUCGAGAGGGUCGGGGUCGCAGGACGUUGAUCGAGACGGCCAAGUGAUUGUGGAGAUCUUUGAGAACGAGCGGCUGGAAGGCAAGCUACAGCCCAUGGACCCGAAACGUUUCAGUGACCGCCACGCGGCACCCGGUGCAGGGCAGGAUGAGAAGCCUGAGGGCGACCUUCCUGCUGGCUACGAGUGGGUGACUGACUGGGAGAUCGAUCAGAACUACACAGCCGUGGAUCGUGAUGGUUGGACGUAUGCAGCAGAUUUCGUGGAGAUUGUGCGUUUGCUCGGUGAUGAUCUCAGUCACGCGUCUCGUCACCCCACCGAUGCAGUGCGUCGUCGUCGAUGGAUCCGAUAUCGCCAACUUGUGGAUGAAAACACCCCGCAGUCUCCUACGGACUCGGUAGGAGGAAACAAGUCAUUAUCUUCAUCGGCGACCUCGAACAACUGGGCUGAUUCAUCAAAUGGACAAGGAAACGAUUUUGUGCUCGAUGACAACGACGACCCAUUCAUGCGCACUGCUCAGAAGACCCAGACAGGAUUCCGUGUGAAUGUUGGCUUUGCCCAUCGUGGAAAGAAAGACAACACCAAGGACUACCAAAGUAUUAGUCUGACGGACGUUAUGUGGCUAGUGAAUGCGCAUGACGUGACCAAUGCACCUACAGACGAACUGAUGCGAGAAAAGACGGCCAACCUCGAGGAACAAAUUAAAGAAGCCACGCUUCGAUCGAAAAAUCUGGAGAAGGACCUCCGUGCGCAGCACGACAAGCAGACAAGGGAGCUUACCUUGCAACAGAAGAAAUUCGAUGCCCUCGUGACACAGUACAGAAAGAUUCAAGCUGAGAACGAAACACUCCAGGCCAGCGUCUCGAAGCAUCGUGGUACAGUAGAAGAACUGCGCAAGGAGGCGGUACGUUCCAGGCUUAAAUGCUUGGCUAAAUGGGCUUUGGAGCGUUGCUUAUCAAUGCUCUUAUGUGUGUGUUUUGUUCUGUGACAGACUGAAAAAGAUAUGCUGGCGGUACGCAUCAUGUACUCUUUUUAUGUGAAACGCGCACAGUUUUCUUACUUCAUAUUUGCUGUUGUUGUGGUAUGCAGAAUGAAGAACAACGAGCACUUAAUGCAGAGACAGCAGCGCAAAAUCAGGCCCUUGAAGAGAAGGCAAAAGCUCUCGCGACUGCACGUAUGCGUUACAAACGCGACAACAAGCAGCUUGCCGCGGCGGUGGAGGAUGCGAAAAAGCGACUGGAGCAACACAAGGCUCAAGCGAACGUUGACUCGCAGGAUCCUGUUGCAAGGGAUCUGAAGAACGAAAUGGACAGGGUGCGACAACUGCAUGCCAAACUGGAAGCAGUGCGCCAGCACCGUCUCGUUGUCGAGGAGGAGAGCAAGGCACUAUUUAACCAAGUGGUAGAGAAGAAGGCUGACCUGAAGUUCAAGUCCAAGCAGAAGGUGAGUGGUGAUGGUAUUGCGCCCUCUUGAAGGCAUUCUAACGCACUGUGUGUAUUUAUCACUUCAGAUGGAGACGGCAUUGAGUGAAGUGGACGCGAAGAUUAAGAAACUGAAGGAAGAGCAAGCUUCCGUGUCUAAGAGUUUGGCGCAAAAACCGGAGGGCGACGCUCUACGCAAGAUUAAUGCCCGAAGGAACGACAUCAGAAGUGAACUUGGCGCAUUGAAGGAGAGACGGACUAUGCUGCUCGCCGAGAAGCGGAAGCAGGAAGGUGUGGAGCUUUAGAGGCUUUCGCAAGGAGCCCUCGUGUACGAUGAUGCGGGCGCCCGAGGACCCCGUGAGUGAUCGUUGCUAGCGGAGCAUGCAACGGUUGGUUGUCAAUCUGACACGUAAUACUUGUUGAACAAAAGUGUGACUUUCCCUGAUAUUUUUCUUCUUAUAAAGCUCGGCAGGUCCUCACAAAACGCGAUAACGAGCUUCAUCGAUCGCAAUGCACCCUUAGCCGCUUCGUACGAAGUUCCUAUUGUAUACCUGAUCUCCACCACCAAGCACCAACGUGCAAAUGGUUCUUCCUGAAUUGUCCUUGAUACGGUCUUCAUCUCUCCACCCGAGAGAUAGCCAAUGAAGAGCACAGGGUAUCGAUUGCAUCGUCCAGCAUGUCAUCGAGCACAAAAGCGACGUUGGAGCCGAAGCAGCUCACGUUGAGAACCUGCGUGUC